GUAACUAGUAGAGAGAAACGAAAACAGAACAAAAGAGAAGAUUGAAGAUUUAAGAAUGGGUAUGAAUUGCAAUAGAGUAGAGCACUUCGAAGAAAUAACAAUGAGAACUCAAACUGAGAUUCCAAUUCAUCAAGUUCGUUUACCACCAGAGAGAACAUUACUCAACAAACUUAAACAAAGACUCUCUGAAAUAUUCUUCCCUGAUGAUCCUUUACACCGUUUCAAAAAUCAACCUUCUUUCAAAAAGUUUCUUCUUACCCUUCAAUAUUUCUUCCCAAUUUUUGAAUGGGGUUCUCAAUAUAAUCUUAAACUUCUUCGUUCUGAUCUCAUUUCUGGUCUCACCAUUGCUAGCCUCGCCAUUCCUCAGGGAAUAAGCUAUGCGAAGCUUGCAAAUUUACCACCUAUUAUUGGAUUGUAUUCAAGUUUUGUGCCUCCAUUGAUAUACUCUAUGCUUGGAAGUUCUAGACAUCUUGGUGUUGGACCUGUUUCAAUUGCAUCUUUAGUUAUGGGAUCAAUGUUGAGUGAGACUGUUACUUACGCUCAAAAUCCUACUCUUUAUCUUCAAUUGGCUUUCACUGCUACUUUCUUUGCUGGUUUAUUCCAAGCUUCUCUUGGUAUAUUAAGAUUAGGAUUCAUAAUUGAUUUUCUAUCCAAAGCAACGUUGGUGGGUUUCAUGGCCGGUGCUGCUAUCAUUGUGUCACUACAACAACUCAAAGGGUUACUUGGAAUUGUGCACUUUACUAACAAGAUGCAAAUUCUUCCUGUAUUGAUAUCUGUUUACAACCAUAAGGACGAGUGGUCAUGGCAAACUAUUAUUAUGGGAUUUGGCUUCUUGGCAUUCCUGUUGACAACAAGGCACAUUAGUUCGAAGAAACCAAAACUAUUCUGGGUUUCAGCUGCUGCACCUUUAACAUCAGUCAUUCUGUCAACCCUUUUAGUCUUUCUUCUCAGAAAUAAGACUCAACACAUUUCAAUUAUUGGGAAGUUACCAAAGGGUCUUAAUCCACCAUCAGUAAACUUGUUAUACUUCAAUGGUUCUUACUUGGCUCUUGCUAUCAAAACAGGCAUUGUCACAGGGAUCCUAUCUCUCACAGAAGGAAUUGCAGUAGGUAGAACAUUUGCAGCACUUAAGAACUACCAAGUGGAUGGAAACAAAGAAAUGAUGGCUAUUGGUAUUAUGAACUUAGCUGGCUCUUGCAGUUCAUGCUUUGUCACAUCAGGAUCGUUUUCUCGUUCAGCGGUUAACUACAAUGCUGGAGCACAGACAGCAGUUUCUAAUAUAGUCAUGGCUUCAGCUGUUUUAGUGACCCUUUUGUUUCUCAUGCCUCUCUUCUAUUAUACACCGAACCUUGUCUUAGCAGCCAUCAUCAUUGCGGCUGUGGUUGGACUAAUUGAUUUUCAAGCUGCAUAUAAACUAUGGAAGGUUGACAAACUUGAUUUCUUGGCCUGCAUGUGCUCCUUUUUUGGUGUUCUCUUCAUUUCUGUUCCUUUAGGCCUCAGUAUCGCGGUUGCCAUAUCAGUCUUCAAGAUCCUACUUCAUGUCUCUAGACCAAACACUAUGGUUUUGGGGAAUAUACCAGGAACACAAAUAUUCCAUAACAUAAAUCAAUACAAAGAAGCUUUAAGAAUACCUUCGUUUCUCGUUUUGGCUGUUGAGUCUCCAAUCUAUUUUGCUAAUUCGACUUACCUUCGAGAGAGGAUACUGAGAUGGGUUCGAGAAGAGGAAGAACAAAUAAAAGCACAUAAUGGAAAAUCAUUGGAGUGCAUAAUUUUAGAUAUGACAGCUGUCACAGCAAUAGACACAAGUGGUCUUGAAACUUUAGGUGAACUUAGAAAGAUGCUGGAACAGAGAUCACUGAAGCUUGUGUUGGUAAAUCCUGUUGGAAAUGUGAUGGAAAAGUUACAUACGUCGAAAAUUUUGGAUACAUUUGGAUUUAAAGGAGUCUACCUCACAGUCGGAGAAGCUGUGGCUGGCAUUUCAUCAUUAGAGAAAGCUCAACCUUGAUUUUCCUUUAAAGGGUGUUCUAGGACAUGGGAGAGAAAUCUUAUAGGAACCAUCAAACUUUUUUUUUGUUUUUGCGAGAAAUACUCGUUUAAGUUUCUGACACACUCUAAUUUAUGUUGGACGAAAUCUCGAAAACAAAAAAAUAUUACCUAAACUAUGUUGGUGAUUAAAAUCAAGGGCCGUGUUACUUCAGAAGAGUGUUUCUAGUCUCAGGUUGAUGGUUGUGUCGAUGUUAGUCUUAUGUUUUUUGAUACUUGAGCAAUUUUGUAUUUUAAUAGAGUAAAAGAGUAUUAAAAGAGAUAAACAUUUUGAUUUCAAUGAUAAAAGUAUUAUUGGAA